CGCCUGCUUGCGAGGGAGGCGCAUCCGCUUUAAGGCUCAACUUUCAUUGGUCAUAGAGGUUGGUCACUGAAAUCGAAGUGGGCCCCCUUGAGAGAACAGGGGAAAAGUGAGGGAAAACCAGUAGAGAGAUGUGGGGCCCCUCCCGUUCAAUGUCAGUGACCAAUGACUGCUGACCUUUAACUGCUACAGUCGAUUUUCUUCUAGAUCCUACGGUGUGAUCUGAGUGUGGAAGACAACAACCACAUGAUUACAACAGCUGACUAAGAAACUUUUCGCUAUCAUAAUUUUAAAGUUGUAACUCGAAAGUCAAUCAAAAGCAAAACCAGCACCAGCAAACGAAAAAUAUGCCUUCGCCCGCCUUUGCUUUUGCAGAACUGAUAGGUUCUGUUAUCUGCUACGGUGUCAUGUAUGCUCCAGCUCGCAAGUACCGGCAAACCGAUGGUGUCAUAUUUCAGUUCAUCAUGUCUUUGGGGAUUUUGGGUGGAGGAGUGGUUCUACAAGCAGCUGUCACUUUGUGGUACAACUCUGUGGAUCCUGGCUGCAGUAGUCUUGAUGUUCCCCAUCAAGGACAACAUGCUGACCAACCAGGAGCACAAUCUUCGACUUUUUUAUCCGCAUCAAGUGCAAGCGGACCUCCACCUUUUCCACUACUGCCACUAACCUCUACGACGUCAAGUUCUUGUUCGGCUCCGAUGCGACAUCUGUUUUUCAUCGUGCCUUCGGGAGUACUCGGCGGGUUUUUCUGGAGCGUCAGCAACCUUUGCGUCCUCGUUUCGGUAGGCACUAGUGGUACUUAGUAUCCAUAGUGUGGUAGUGGUACUUCUUAGUUAGUAUGAAUACAAUAAGUAUCCAUAGUGCUCCUGUCUGCACUUAUGUGUUUUCGUCUCAGUAGCACACGAUGUCGGGACUUGUUUUUUUUUUGGGUGUGCUUAAGCCUACUUUUGCCAUUUGAACAAUUUUUAUGUUUCUUCAGCUUUGUUGAUGUUGGACUCCGAUACAUUUAAGUGAUAAAGUAAAUAUUACAACAUGUUGGUGCAUGUCGUGCAUCCGCUGCACUACUAUGUCAUACGGAUACGUGUGAUCUCCAUUCAACACGACAGGUAAAGCUCCUCGGUCUCGGUGUUGGUUUCACUUUAUAUCAUGCCAUAAAUCUGCUUAUCGGGUAUGGGACUGGCCGGUUCGGCUGGUUCGGAAUUCCUAGGGAAGAGCGGACAACAGUGCAAGACGUAGCGCAGCUAGUCAACGUCGUGGCGUUUGUGUUGAUAGUGUUCUUAUGAUUAUAUGGUCACAUUGUAUAGUUAUUUCUAAGUAGUCACAUUUAUUAUAGCCAUGUCUAGUGGUGGUCAAUUAUGUAUUGCCACCGGGUGUAGCUAGCCAUGCACAUGCUCCUAAUAGAGCGCAUUUAGUGCACCGAGGAAUUUCCACUACACGACAUUUCCUUAUCUCCUUUCAUACCCUGUGGAAACUACGUCGACUGAGGCAGAACGACGACUUAGCCAGCAAAGUGGUGGAUUACCUUCUCCAGCUGCUUCGCAGACCACUGACACCGAGCACGCCUGCCGCAUCCCGGUGCAUGAAGGCACAAAGGGAAAGGGCACAACGACUUCGCCUCUGCUGUCACCGGCGAGUCAGGGAAAUGUAGGGUUGAAGAAAGAAGAUGCUAAGACCAGAAGUGCUAAAGACCAUGGUAGUUGUACUUCCGGAGUAGAGCUCACGAAUAAGAGCAAAAUCAUGAAAACUACUGGAACUCCUGGCGCCUCAGCGUCGACUUUUUCUUCGUCGGCUCCUUCUUCCUCAGCAUCAGCGAUCACAAGCCUUCCUGCACGUUCCUCCGCAUCUUCUUCGCUUAGUACAACUAGUAGAGAUCAUACUGAUAGUGAUACCCGUGAUAGAAGGGUCGUACGAAAGACCCUCGGUGCUGGAAUAGGCAUUCUGGCAGGCCUCUUUUGUGGUGUGAAUCAAGUGCCGUUCUCAUUGUGGAACCACAGAAAUCCCGAAAUUCCAGUCCACUUGUUCACUUUGUCUCAGGCCUUGGGAAUCACACUGACAGGGACAAUAGCCAUGCUGUGUUACUAUUUGCUGCUGACAUAUGUCGCGCCGGAUCCGGGGAUGGGGAAAGUACUAGUCUUGAAAUACGUGUGUGCGUCUACGGGGAACGGGAAAGUGCUAUUCUUGAAAUACGUGUGUGCGUCUAGUACAAUUAGACUAUCUAUUCGCAGGGUAGUGACAUGAAUACAACCUACAAUCUAGUCCCGUCAUCCUCAUCAUAUUCACUGCCGAUACCACAAGCACAACUUGGAACCAUCAGCUCCCCUCGUCAUAUUCACUGCCGAUACCACAAUCACAACCUGGAACCACCACCUCCCAGGUUCUCGGCUUAGUCAAGCCUUCGCAAUUAUCCAAAGUUCCACCUAUCCAAGUCGCCGUCGUGCCUGGACUUCUAUGGGUGAGUGGUUUUUUCCUUUCGCUAGAUGGCGUUGCGGAGUUCGGAUUGGGUGUUGGUUACGUCCUAACCGCAGUCGGGCCUGUGGCUGUGUCGGGUCUAGUGGCCACGUUGGUUUUUGACGAAAUUCAGGGCACACACGCAAAAGCCUACUUUUGGACUGCAAUAGCUUUGAUGACGUGCAGUCAGAUUGCUUUGGUGGCUGGGGGAAGUUGAUAAGAUGAGAAGGACGAGGAGUCUUAUAAGAUUCAUGUGAUUUUUGAAGAAAGCUUGCUAUGUAUCAUCAACUUUUUUUGAAAAUGUAAAAUGGUCCGACUACGCUAGUCUAAUGAAUGUAUUAUUAGUAAACCAAGUAGUACAAGAGCACCGUGCGCUCGUUUCGAGGUUCAGGAAAUUUCAAUGAAUAACGCAAAGAAUGGAAGUCUUUAAAACAUCUUCAAGUUCUUGUAACAUAUGUCUAGAUAACGGAGAAUUCUUACGCCAUGGGGGUUGACGUUGAUUUACGCGAAGAAGUACGCAUUUUGGUAUGCCCAAAAACCUGUGCAGUCGCAUGCCUAGAGACCGAUUUGAAAAUUGUUUAGUACUUCUAAAAACCCUCCCACGAAGCCUACUUUUUAAUAUGAUGUGCAUUUUCAUACGCCAUAGUGUGGGGCUCGUUGAGAAGGAUCCACAACCCAACCUGACCUAGUGCUGCCACGAGCGGGG